CACGCUUCCAAAAGUUAGGAGGGGAACCCAUCAGCCAAGAGCUACGCAAACGCACAGCGAUGCACAAGCACGAGAUACCAGCCACCAUGCGCCUGUCCCUCCUCCUCGUCGUCGUGGCCGCCCUCUCGGCGCGCACCGCGGCGCAGCUGCCGCUGGCGGGCGGCGGCGGCGGCGCCCUGAAGCCGGACUUCUAUAGCCAGUCGUGCCCGCGCGCGGAGCGGAUCAUUGCGGAGGUGAUGCAGACGAAGCAGAUGGCGAACCCGACGACGGCCGCGGGCCUGCUCCGCGUCUUCUUCCACGACUGCUUCGUCAGCGGGUGCGACGCGUCGGUGCUGAUCGCGUCCACCCAGUUCCAGAAGUCGGAGCACGACGCGGAGAUCAACCACUCCCUCCCCGGGGACGCCUUCGACGCCGUGGUGCGCGCCAAGCUGGCCCUGGAGCUGGAGUGCCCCGGGGUGGUGUCCUGCGCCGACAUCCUCGCACUGGCGUCGGGCGUGCUGAUUACCAUGACCGGCGGGCCCCGGUACCCGGUUCCGCUGGGGCGCAGGGACUCGCUGUCGUCGUCGCCCACGGCGCCCGACGUGGAGCUGCCGCACGCCAACUUCACCGUGGACCGCCUCAUCCAGAUGUUCGGCGCCAAGGGGUUCACGGUGCAGGAGCUGGUGGCGCUGUCCGGCGCCCACACGCUGGGCUUCUCCCACUGCAAGGAGUUCGCCGACCGCCUCUACAACUUCCGCAACCAGGGCGGGAAGCCGGAGCAGUUCGACCCCAGCAUGAACCCGUCCUACGCCAGGGGGCUGCAGGACGUGUGCAGGGACUACCUCAAGGACCCCACCAUCGCCGCGUUCAACGACAUCAUGACGCCCGGCAAGUUCGACAACAUGUACUUCGUCAACCUCGAGCGCGGCCUCGGCCUGCUCAGCACCGACGAGGAGCUGUGGACGGACCCACGCACCAAGCCCCUGGUGCAGCUCUAUGCAUCCAACGCCACAGCCUUCUUCGACGACUUCGGCCGCGCCAUGGAGAAGCUCAGCUUGUUCGGCGUCAAGACCGGCGCCGACGGCGAGGUCAGGCGGCGCUGCGACGCCUACAACAGCGGCCCCGCCGUCGCCGCCACCAUACCCAAGAUGUGACGACGCUGCGCGUGGUACGACGACGGGCGCGCACGUGCUUGUCUGCAUGCGGAUCGAUCGACGGCCGAGCUGUCUGGCACGACGACGGCGUGUUGAUCGAGGGCCUCGGCUCCUCCUGCGACGGUCACGAUGGUGUUAAGAUUUCGUGCCGAAAUGUGAUAUGUUUCAUGCUCGAUCAAGUAAUUUAUUCCUAAUCUGUGUGCUGCGCAAAAGAAAGAAAAACUUCGAAGUGUUGCGCUACUCGCUAGUAUGAAUUAAUUCGUUUUUCCCUUUGAUC